CUGCAUUACAUCACUGUUUUUCUAUCCUCAGUCUACAAAACCUUAAUACUUAUCUUCAUGUGUAUAAUUCAUCUUUCAGGCAGGCGUUGUUUACUUGGGUCAUUUCAUUUUGCAAUAUUUCAGCUUAGUAAAUACAGACAUUAUAAUGAAUGAUUCAGAGAAGCCAUUUGUAUGCGAUGCAAUUGGUUGCAAUAUGAGCUUUAUCAAUGAAGAUCAUUUAACCGUUCAUAAAAGUAAACAUGACAUGAUGUUGAAUCUUGGAAUUAGCAACAAAAGCAACUUUUUCAUUGCUGAUCAAACACCAACGCCUACAAGAUUUAUGAGAAAUAGCGAUGAAGUUGAAUUGUUUCAAGAUCUGCCCAGCGAUAAUCCAUUUGAAGAAACUUUUCGUAGAGCCGUUGUAGCCGGAAAGAAUGAAAUUAUUACCGUUCUAGAGUCUAAUGACAAUGAUGAUGCAUUACACACUUCUAAUGUAUUUUCUCACACUGAGGAAUUUCCAACUAAUAUUUCUGCAGUCUCUAGUGAGAACCCAGUAUUAAAGUCAGAAAUAAAAACUAUUAUUGAAUCAUCGUCUGUUGUAAAAUCAGUAUCAAUCGAUGAAUCGUUACAAAGUGUAUUGACCGAAAAUGGCACGAGCAUCGAAAACAGCAGCAUACAAAACAUUGAAAAUGAGUAUUUAUUGAUCGAUCGCUCGAAGCAGAAAAGCAAAUGCAAUAUUGCAAAGAAACAAGCAAUUUUGGAAAGAAAUAGAGCGAGCUCGAUGCGUGCCCGUGCUAAAAGAAAAGUUUGGAUCGAACAGCUACAACAAUCGUUGAGAAUUGCUAACGAAUCAAAUGUCACACUACAAACUCAAGUAAAAAUUAUGCAAGCUCAAAUUACCAAAUUAAAAACUCUUCUAUUAGCACAUAAGGAUUGUCCUGUUACAAAAGCCAUGGAAGGAGGUAUUUAA